AGUGAGUUCGCGCUCUUCAGUAGUCUUCACUUCCUCAUUGAAACCACAGAUCACAAGAUGAGCUCACCGUUCACCUACUGAUGCUCGUCUUCACUUCGCACAGUUCACUAGAGCGUGAACUGAGGCUGUACAGUAGGCGCUUUGAGUGCACCGAGCUAGCGAUGAGGGAGAUGUUAAUGUGGGUCAUUCUGGGCGCAAUAAGUUACGAAACAUCUGGAAUCUCAGUUCGUGGACAUGAAGGAGAGACAAUCUCCAUCAUCUGCAGUCAUUCGUGGGCUGGAAGUAACAGGAAGUACUUCUGCAGGGACCCGUGUUCAGACAGAGUUAAUGACGCUCUCGUGGACUCAGAAAAGAAAUCUAAUGGACGAUAUCAGCUGACGGAUUUCGGUACAGGAGUUUUCACUGUGGAAAUCACCGGAAUAACUAAAGAGGAUUCUGGGAAAUACUGGUGUGGAGUGAAAAGAGUUUGGCCUGAUACAUUUAUUGAGGUCUUCCUUACAGUUCUGGAUGCUUUGCAGACCUCCCCCCCACCCACCUCAAGCACUCAGUGCCCAACAUCUGUCCCAGUUACAUCACUGCUGAACAUUUCAACAUCUAACAGCAGCAAUUCUACAGUUUCAGAUCCCGCAACCACAGAUCAGUCCAACAAUCUGACAACCACAGAUUGGCGGACUUACCUGAUAGUGUUUGGGUGUGUCCUGCUGCUGAUAUCUGUGGUCUGGAUUCUGGUGUUUACGGGCUGCCAUUGCAGGGCAUGUGCUUGUCCUCCCUGCUGCUCAAGAAGAAGACAGUUUGAUGUUUCUGAUUAUGAGGAGAAAGCAAAGCAGAACUCACGCUCACAAAGACAUCCUACCGAAACCACAGACUCUGAACCCACCUAUGAGAACGUCAUCAUAUCUACCAGCCAGCCCCAACCUGAGGAGAACAUCUACUGUAAUCAAUAGAAGGAAAAAUGGUAGAAUUUUUGUAACAUAAACCUGAGAAAUUUGCAUUUUUAUUAGGAAACUAGAGAAUUUUACAGCAAUUGUUAAUGAUAUAUGGUAAUACUGUAGUUCUGACACUGAAGAGAUCAUAUUUAUCCAGUUAAAUGGCUGGUGGUUUGCCAAAUAUCAUCAAUAUUUUUAGUCAAUGGAUCAAUUCAUUACUAUCUAAAUUUUUGUUUAAUUUUUUCUACAUUUUUGUCUGAAUUGUCUAAAAAAAGACACUAGAAGUUGCAAAAGUACGUAAAUAAGGGUUUUUUGAAUGUUUCCUAAUUAAGUGUGUUUAUAAGCCAUGUCUUCUUGACCUAUAAAGUAUUCUUAAAUUAGAGUCCACUAUUUAAAAUUGAUUAAAAACCUGAUUAAAAUCUGAUUCGAAAGGGUUAUCGUCUCAGCGGCCUAAUCCAAAGUUCUUCAGAAACAUUACCUAGCACCAAUAGAGCGCUAUUAGAACCUGAAGGUUGUUCUAUUAUAGGGUGACACACUGAAAAAUACUUAUACAGCUCUGGAAGAAAAUAAGAGAGAACUUAAAAAUGAUGAGUUUCUUUGAUUUUACCAAAUUAAAAACCUCUGGAAUAUGAUCAAGAGGAAGAUGGAUGAUCACAAGCCAUCAAACCACCAAACUGAACUGCUUGAAUUUUUGCACCAGGAGUAAAGCAGCAUAAAGUUAUCCAAAAGCAGUGUGUAAGACUGGUGGAGGAGGAGAACAUGAUGCCAAGAUGCAUGAAAAAAACUGUGAUUAAAAACCACCAGGGUUAUUCCACCAAAUAUUGAUUAUUUCUGAACUCUUAAAACUUUAUGAAUAUCAACUUGUUUUCUUUGCAUUAUUUGAGGUCUGAAAGCUCUGCAUCUUUUUUCUCAUUUUCUGUAAAUAAAUGCUCUAAAUGAGAAUAUUUUUAUUAGGAAUUUGGGAGAAAUGUUGUCUGUAGUUUAUAGAA